AACAAAUAAUAAUAAUAAUAACAGUAACAGUAACAGUAACAGUAACAGUAAAAAGAGCAAUAAGAACCAGGCACAGCACAUUGGUUUAUUUGCGUUUGACUUUUUGAGCUCAUAAAUUGCGGUUGUUGUUGUUGUUGUUAUUAUUAUUGUUGUUGUUGUUGUUGUUGCUGACGUUCGACCUCGAUCGCUCCUAAGGUGAACGCUCUCGCUCGCUCGCAUGGCAAACAGCAGCGCAGCCGCCGACGUUGACGUCGCCUCCAACAACCUGAAACCAAAAGUCAACGGGUUAAUGGCCAACGGUGCCGGCGAUGCCCAACCGAAACCGGAAACGGACCAGCUCCUCCAGGACGGACUCAGCUGCAAGGAGCUAUUCACGAAUGGCGACGGUCUCACCUACAACGAUUUCCUCAUAUUACCCGGCUUCAUCAACUUUUCCGCCGAGGAAGUCGAUCUCAGCUCGCCGCUAACCAAAGGCAUCUCGUUGCGUGCUCCGCUCGUCAGUUCGCCCAUGGACACCGUAACCGAAUCCGAGAUGGCCAUAGCCAUGGCGCUGUGUGGUGGCAUUGGGAUCAUCCAUCACAACUGCACGCCGGAGUAUCAAGCGUUGGAGGUGCACAAGGUUAAGAAAUACAAACAUGGCUUUAUGCGUGAUCCGUCGGUGAUGUCGCCGUCAAAUACCGUUGGCGAUGUGCUCGAGGCACGGCGCAAGAACGGCUUCACCGGUUACCCGGUCACCGAGAAUGGCAAGCUCGGUGGCAAGCUGCUCGGCAUGGUCACGUCCCGUGACAUCGAUUUCCGUGAACACCAACCGGAGAUACUGCUCGCCGACAUCAUGACCACCCAACUGAUAACCGCACCCAAUGGCAUCACUCUGCCGAUGGCGAACGCCAUACUGGAGAAGAGCAAGAAGGGCAAGCUGCCGAUUGUCAAUCAGGAUGGCGAACUGGUCGCAAUGAUAGCGCGCACCGAUUUGAAGAAGGCACGCUCCUAUCCAAAUGCAUCCAAGGAUUCCAAUAAGCAGCUGCUUGUCGGCGCCGCAAUUGGUACGCGCCAUGAGGACAAGGCACGGCUCCAUCUGCUCGUCGCGAACGGUGUCGAUGUCAUCAUAUUGGACUCAUCGCAGGGCAAUUCCAUUUAUCAGGUCGAGAUGAUCAAGUUCAUCAAAGAGACGUAUCCCGAUCUGCAGGUCAUUGGCGGCAAUGUUGUGACACGCGCCCAGGCCAAGAAUCUCAUCGAUGCGGGCGUGGAUGGUCUGCGCGUAGGCAUGGGCUCCGGCUCCAUUUGCAUCACACAGGAGGUGAUGGCCUGCGGCUGUCCACAGGCGACGGCCGUCUACCAGGUGUCCACAUUUGCCAAACAGUUCGGUGUGCCGGUUAUUGCCGAUGGUGGCAUCCAAUCGAUUGGACAUAUUGUUAAGGCAUUGGCGCUGGGCGCCAGCGCUGUGAUGAUGGGCUCUCUGCUCGCUGGCACCUCGGAGGCGCCCGGUGAGUAUUUCUUUUCGGACGGGGUCCGCUUGAAGAAAUAUCGUGGCAUGGGCUCGUUGGAGGCAAUGGAGCGUGGCGAUGCCAAGGGCGCUGCAAUGUCCCGUUACUAUCACAAUGAGAUGGAUAAAAUGAAGGUCGCCCAGGGUGUCAGCGGCAGCAUUGUCGACAAGGGAUCCGUAUUGCGCUAUCUGCCGUAUUUGGAAUGCGGACUGCAGCACAGCUGCCAAGACAUUGGCGCCAAUUCGGUUAAAAAGCUCAGAGUGAUGAUCUACAAUGGAGAGCUGCGCUUCAUGAAGCGCACUCACUCGGCCCAGCAGGAGGGCAAUGUUCACGGUCUGUUUAGCUAUGAGAAGCGUCUCUUCUAACAUACAACUAGCGCUGCAGCGCCGUCAGCUGCCAGCGCGGUUGGCCAACAACAACAACAGCGGCGGCAACAUCAAUCAACAGCACAACAACAG